GACGAUGAAGCCGUGGCGGAGAAGAAGUGGAAGUCAUGGUCAGCCCACGCAACGACGACGCCGUACCCUGAUUUCGGCCAUCCUACACACCGCGAAUGCCAGGUAGCAUACGAUGUGCUGCACAAACUGCAUAACGACGCUGUGGAGGCUGAGAUAGACGAGCACACACCUGAAACAAUACCGUUCGUUCUAGAUGCCAUGAUUGUCGCAGUCCUCAGCCAAGCGACGAGUUGGAACAACGCAAAACGCGCCAUGCAUAGCAUGAAGGAAACGUACGGCUCGGUAUUCGCAUACGACAAGAUACAUGCUGGUGGACCAGACAAAUUACAAGAGAUUAUUCGCUGCGGCGGACUCCACAUCAGGAAGACCAAGAUCAUCAUGUCCAUCUUGGAUGAAGUCAAGCGACGAUACGGGCGCUGGAAUUUAGACCAUCUC